AUGAAUGUUACGGAGGUCGUUAUGGACCCUACGUUAAUCCCAUUUGAUGACACAUAUAUCUUAUACAAUCCUUCUGAUCCUAUAUCUUAUGUGCUUGUAUACUUCUCUCUACUGCCAAUAGGAAUCUUGAUCUUCUAUUUUUCAUGGUUUGUUUCCAGCCGAGAACUAGAAGCAGUUGUUAUUGCUGGAGGACAAGUGGUAAAUGAGCUACUGAACAAUGUUUUGAAGAACAUUAUCAAAGAGCCACGCCCUGUUGUGUUAAGCAGUGAAUUUCAAGCCAACUCCAUCCGAUCUGAAUAUGGCAUGCCCAGUGCCCAUUCGCAAUUCAUGGGUUUCUUUCUAAUCUAUUGGUCGUUGACGCUUGUCCUGAAGUGGGAGGGUAUCGGCAAAAUUCGGAAGUUCUUCACAGUUGCGAUAAUGAGCGCUGUUGCCGCCAUGGUAGCCUUCUCCCGUGUAUAUUUGGGGUAUCACUCGCUGGCCCAAGUAUCCGUUGGCCUUGCAUUAGGGGGUCUCUUGGGCUCUGGUUACUACUUGGCCGUGGCCAUUGUAAGGUAUAUGGGACUCUUGCGUUGGCUUCUCGGCUGGCGUUUGUGUCAACGACUUUGGGUAAAAGACUCGUUUAACUGCUGUCCAUUUAAUUUACGUGACGAGUUGAACGCUUGGACUCUGCGAUGUGUGUCAUCAAAGAGUCGCUCGAAAUUAUCAAUCAAGAAAGCAUCCUAA